UUUCACCGAAUUUGAUUUGUUUUCAUUUUUGGUUUACCAAGAAGAACAAUUUUGUACGUAAUUAUUGGAUUUAAAUUAUUUAUUUAGCUUUAUACGUAUAAAAUGGGUAAAAAAGAUAAAAAUAAGAAAAAAGGCAAAGGAGCCGAAAAGACUGCCAUGAAAACGGAUAAAAAAUUGGCAGCAAAACAAAAGAAAAUGCUGGAAAAACUUGGAGAGGCUGACAUUGCUGAAGUUGUAGCCAAACUAGAGGCAGAGGAAGCUAGACAAAAAACUAUAACUGAAGUGGUGUGCGCCACACCACCCACUCCAAGAUCCAAUUUUACCUUGGUGGCUCAUCCCGAAAAGGAAGAAUUGAUACUUUUUGGUGGCGAGUUCUUUAAUGGCCAGCGUGUUUGUGUUUACAAUGAUCUCUUCUUUUACAAUAUCGGCAAAAAUGAAUGGAAACAAGUGAAAUCACCUGGUGGUCCAGCACCCAGAAGUGGUCAUCAAAUGGUUACCACGGCCACAGAUGGCGGUCAGUUAUGGUUAUUUGGUGGUGAACAUGCCAGUCCCUCACAAAUGCAAUUCUAUCACUACAAAGACUUGUGGAUGAUGAGUUUGAAGACUCGUAAAUGGGAAAAAAUUAAUGCCCCUAAUGGUCCUAGUGCUCGUAGUGGUCACCGUAUGGUAGUUUCCAAAAAGAAACUAUUCAUUUUUGGUGGUUUUCAUGAUAACAAUCAAUCAUAUCGUUAUUUCAAUGAUGUACAUGUCUUUUCUUUGGAAUCAUAUACCUGGCUACAGGUAGAAAUCGGCGGAGCUAUUUUACCACCACCACGUUCCGGUUGCUGUAUUGCAGCCAAUCCAGAAGGUAAAAUACUUAUUUGGGGAGGUUAUACUAAAUCGCCGCUUAAAAAAGAUAUUGACCGUGGUGUUACCCAUACCGAUAUGUAUGCCUUAACACCUGACAAAAAUGCUCCAGACUCUAUGAAAUUCAAAUGGGUUACGGUAAAAGCUGGUGGUUACAAACCCUAUCCGCGCAGCAGUGUAGGCUGUUGUUCUGCCCCAAAUGGCAAAGCCUAUUGUUUUGGUGGUGUUAUGGAUGUAGAUGAGGACGAAGAAGAUGUCAAAGGCCAGUUUGGAGAUGAAUUAUUAGCCCUGGAUCUUUCUGCUCUUGCAUGGCGACUUAUAGAAAUCAACAAAAAACAAAAAGCUGAGAAAAAAGAAGCUAAAGCAACUGAUGUAGAAAUGGCUGGUGAUGAGACAAAAACAGAAACUACUGUCAAAACCGAUGGCAUUUUUACAAUUACUGUGGCCGGUCCCAGUAAUUCAGCACCUGCUUUACCCAAAGUACCCAGUUUGUUCCCAAAUAGAAGACCGAAAAAUGUUCCCUCCCCACGCAUGAAUCCUGGCUUGUGUGUUUGUAAGGGUACUCUCUACAUUUAUGGUGGUCUAUAUGAAGAGGAUAACAAGCAAUAUACUUUCAAUGAUUUCUAUGCGCUGGAUUUACACAAACUAGAAGAAUGGAAGGCUAUUAUACCGAAUGAUAUGAAUGCUCAUGAUUGGAUUGAUAGUGAUAGCAGUGAUUCUGAUGAAAGUGAUGAUGAUGAUGAUGAGGACGAUGAUGAUGACGAAGAUGAUUCUGAAAUGGAUACAGAUUGAAAUAUCGUUGAUUUUUCUUAAAAAUAUUUUUUUAUAACAAUUGUUCUUUUAUUUGGUAUAACAAUAAUAAAUGCAUUUUAAAAGGAA